AUGGGAGGCAAGAGGACAAAAGUGGAACUAUUGGACUAUGAAGAGGUGAAAAAGAAUAAAACCAUUUGGCGAAAUUUGGAUCAUGGGGCCAUUACCCCUUUCAUCGAAACGCUGCAUGGGGCUGAUGCAAGUGUCACCAAAAACUUUGCUAAGGGUUUGAAGGAUGUGAAGAUUCAGUUACGCGGAAAAAUCAUAGAGAUUGAUGAAAAAUUAAUCAUAGAGGUUAUCGGCUUGUCCAUGGAAGGGGCAAAUUUUUAUAGAGACAGGAAAAUGCAUGAUGUUGUGGUUCAGGAAUUCCCCAAGGAUGAGAAGGGAAGGAAGAAAUUGGCCAAACUGGACAAGAGAAGCUAUAACAUGGUUUCUCUAACUCUAGCAGUCAUAGCCGUGGUAGCUUGCGUUUAUUUACUGAAUGGAGAAAAGGCAAAGCUGCCGCCAGGGCCACGAGGGUUGCCUAUUUUAGGUAGCCUGCUGGACCUCGGUUCGAAUCCCCACCAGUCUCUUCACGCUCUUUCUAAGCGCUAUGGCAGCCUCAUGUAUCUCAAAUUGGGCACCACCCCAGCCCUUAUAGCUUCCUCUCAGGAGGCUGCAGUUGCCAUUCUCAAGACUUUUGAUUCAGAUUUCUCUAACAGACCAGAAAACAUGGGAGCGGUUGCAGAUAUUCUAUUAUACAAUAGAAAUGAUGUGGCCACAUCUCCCCAGUGGCCUGUGCUACGAAAAAUCUGUAUUUUCCACCUUUUGACCCCCAAAUGUAUGCAAAAGUGGCAGCAGUUCCGAGAGGAAGAAAUGACCCUGGUCCUCGCUUUCAUCUUUAAAAGGCGAACCAGUGCUGUAAAUGUGGGAGAUUUCGUUAAUGUUUUUACUUCUAAUGUUAUUGGGCAAAUGACGCUGAGGUUGAGAUUUUUUGAUGACAAUAAUGCAGAGGCCCAACAUUUCAGAGAAUUAAUGGAGGAGUUUUUAGCUGAGGGUGGUCGUUUUAGGAUUGGGGAUUACGUUAGUUUCUUAGAUUGGAUUUGGUUGGGUGGUUCUCUUGAUCAAACCAAGAGGUUGCAGAAGCGACUUGAUGAGUUUCUUGUGAGGAAGAUGGAAGAACAACAGAAGCGUCUGCUUCUGUCCAGAGAUGAUAAUGGCAGCAAGGACUUUUUGCAAAUUCUCUAUGAGCUCAAAUCUAAGUCUUCUGAAGAGGGAGCAGAACUAUCUGAGACUAAUAUCAAAGGCAUUUUACUAAGCAUGAUUUCGGCAGGAACAGACACUGCUACCCGCACAGUAGAAUGGGCGAUGGCAGAACUGAUCCGCCAUCCCCAUCUCAUGAAGAAAGUCAGAGACGAAGUGGAUGCAUGUGUGGGAAUGGAAGAGAUAGUAAGAGAAUCUCAUCUUCCUCAGCUAAAAUACUUAGAAGCGGUUGUGACUGAAACUCUUCGACUGCAUCCUCCAACGCCACUAUUGCUUCCUCACGCAUCUCCAAAAUGUUCAAGCAAAGUAAUGGGUUAUUUCAUUCCUCCCAACUCACGCGUAAUGGUGAAUGUGUGGGCUGUAGCAAGAGAUCCAAAUGCGUGGGACAGGCCGUUAGAAUUUGAUCCAAAUCGCUUCGUUGACAAUCCUGUUAAACUCCAUGGAAGAGACUUUCGCAUAUUACCAUUCGGUGCAGGGCGAAGAAUGUGCCCGGGCUAUGAUCUAGGGCUUCGUAUGAUACAAUUUGCACUUGCAAGCUUUGUCCAUGCAUUUGAUUGGUCUCUUCCCUCUGGCCAACAACCCCAAGAUUUGGACAUGUCUGAGAAGUAUGAAUUGACGAUUCACAGGAAAGUUCCUCUCCUCCUCUUAGCUACUCCUCGUCUGCCUAUCAAAAUUUAUAACCCUUAA